AGGGAGGGGGUGAAAAUGGCGCCCAGCUCGAAAUCGGAGCGGAACAGCGGGGCCGGGAGCGGUGGCGGCGGCCCUGGGGGCGCCGGGGGAAAGCGGGCAACGGGUCGGCGGCGGGAGCACGUCCUCAAGCAGCUGGAGCGGGUCAAGAUCAGUGGGCAACUGUCUCCUCGCCUUUUCCGGAAGCUGCCACCCAGGGUCUGCGUGUCUCUCAAGAACAUUGUGGAUGAGGACUUUCUCUAUGCAGGACACAUCUUCCUGGGCUUUUCUAAGUGUGGCCGCUACGUCCUCUCUUACACCAGCAGCAGUGGGGAUGAUGACUUCUCCUUCUACAUCUACCACCUGUACUGGUGGGAGUUCAACGUGCACAGCAAGCUCAAACUGGUACGGCAGGUGCGGCUUUUCCAGGACGAGGAAAUCUACAGCGACCUGUACCUGACUGUGUGUGAGUGGCCCAGUGAUGCCUCCAAAGUCAUCGUCUUCGGUUUUAACACCCGCUCAGCCAAUGGAAUGCUCAUGAACAUGAUGAUGAUGAGUGACGAGAACCACCGUGACAUCUACAUCAGUACUGUGGCUGUGCCACCGCCAGGCCGCUGUACUGCCUGCCAGGAAGCCAGCCGGGCCCACCCAGGUGACCCGAGUGCACAGUGCCUGCGGCAUGGCUUCAUGCUGCACACCAAGUACCAGGUGGUCUACCCCUUCCCCACCUUCCAGCCUGCCUUUCAGCUCAAGAAGGACCAGGUGGUGCUGCUCAACACCAGCUACUCCCUGGUGGCCUGUGCCGUCUCAGUUCACUCGGCAGGCGAUAGCAACUUCUGCCAAAUCCUGUAUGACCACACCACCUUGCCCCCAGUCCAUCCCAAUCCCCCUGGGCCCCCAAGCCCAGAGGUACCGCCUGCCUUCCCCAGCUCCUGCCCCGAGGCAGCACCAGCCCGGUGCUCUGGGGCCCCUGAGCCCUCACCUGCCAUUGCUAAAGCCAAGGAAUUUGUGGCAGACAUCUUCCGCAGGGCCAAAGAGGCCAAGGGUGGGGUCUCAGAAGAAGCCCGGCUGCCUCCCUGCCCAGGGCCCUCAGGCAGCCGCUGUCAUGCACCCUCUGAGCCCCUAGCCCCAGGUGGGGAUGCAGUGCCACGGGAUAGUCCCCCUGCAGCUGAGGUGGCUGCUCCUGAGCCCGGCUACAUCAACUACACCAAACUCUAUUAUGUGCUGGGCUCUGGUGAAGGGACAGAGCCAGAAGAUGAAUUUGAGGAUGACAAGAUCUCCCUGCCCUUUGUGGUGACCGAUCUCCGUGGUCGCAACCUGCGGCCCAUGCGGGAGCAGGCUGCUGUCCAGGGUCAGUACCUGACUGUGGAGCAGCUCACACUGGAUUUUGAGUAUGUCAUCAAUGAGGUCAUACGCCACGAUGCCACCUGGGGUCACCAGUUCUGUUCCUUUAGUGACUAUGACAUCGUCAUUCUGGAGGUCUGCCCAGAAACCAACCAGGUCCUCAUCAACAUUGGCCUGCUGCUCCUGGCCUUCCCAUCUCCCACUGAGGAGGGCCAGCUCCGACCAAAGACCUACCACACCAGCCUCAAGGUGGCCUGGGACCUCAAUACCGGCAUCUUUGUGACAGUCAGCGUGGGCGACCUCACAGAGGUCAAAGGGCAGACCAGCGGCAGUGUCUGGAGCUCCUACCGCAAGAGCUGCGUAGAUAUGGUGAUGAAGUGGCUAGUGCCUGAAAGCAGCGGUCGCUAUGUCAACAGGAUGACCAAUGAGGCACUGCACAAAGGUUGCUCACUGAAGGUUCUGGCAGACAGCGAGCGAUACACAUGGAUUGUGCUGUGAGGGCCCGGCCACCCUGGACACUGACUCCAACUACCUCCGCGGCCUGAAAACUGGCCGCCUUCCUGGCAGCCUCUUCCCGCCUGGCCUGCCGACCAACGACCGGCACUAGUGUUAGGCUGCAGGAAGGGGGCUGGGCUGGGCAGCCCCUGGUGGCCUGAGAGUCUGGACGCUUCUUAUUUAUGCCUAUUUAAGUUGGGAAGGGGCAGAGGGGGGAGCCCCUGCCCCACAGCCACCACUCCAAGGGCAUGGGCCCUGGCACCCCUUGUGACUACAAGUGUGGAGGCCAAAUGGACCCUGUUCCCCUGCCCAAUCCGCCCCCCCCCCCCCCCCCC